CGUGUAUGCAGAUUGCGACAUUUCGAUUCAUUUACUACACGCGCCAUCACGAUUUGUGACCAGACGUGAGUCGUCCGUGCGAAAUCAAGACACCUUUUCUUUCCGUUGUUUUGGAAUUAAUUCCUCCCUCGAUGUGCCAAUUAACAGGAUUCUCUACUGCCCCAGUCUCGGCAUUUAUGGCGUUUGCUAAAAUUGCAGGCGAAUACUGCCAAAGCCAGCACAAGUAAAAACUGUAACCGAACUUUCUGGUUUCGCACACGUGGGACACUUCAGCCGUCGCUUCCCCCGUACUCUCUGAAGCGCCCUCGUGUGAGACACAGACUGAACGCUUCUGGACCCCCACGACUCGGUGAGGGUUCGGCGCAAGCAACGUACGACACGUGCAAUCUGCUUUCUCGGGGCCUCGCUUGCAUGCGCGGGCUUCGCCACGGCACAGCGAGAGCUGUUGCACAGAACUUAAACUCUGGACACCACGGAUGGGGUAAGUUGACGGUCGGUGACAGGGCGACUGCCUGGGCCUGGCAAGGGUACCAAGUUGGGGACUGGUCGGUCAGGGGAGCUGGCUAUUGCGGACUUGCUUUCCCGAAGGUUAAGAGCAAGCCGAACCGGUGAUCGGAGAUCUGAAGUCUCGUCUACGAGGGACCCCAAACCGUCAGCUGUGUGUGUGUGUGAGUGUGAACGCGAGUGAUAUCUUGCCUUGGACGUCUAGUACCACUACCUACCCCCUUCCGCGCCCAGCUUAGUAUUUUGUACAUUUCUUCGUUCGUCGCUGUGAUCCUAUGAGGAACUACAGUAUCAACAUGGCCAGAAGCGUGCGACCAGCACCCGUCGAGAUUAUCUACAAACAUACACGAUUUCUUAUCAUCCACAACCCUGACAAGAAUGGACUGGAUCAUUUCAUCAAGGAAUUGAAGAAGAGAGACAUAGUUGAAGUAGCCCGAGUUUGCGAGCCCACCUACGAGACCAAAUUACUGGAGAAUGAAGGAAUACAAGUCCUGGACUGGGCCUUUGACGAUGGUGGAGUGCCUACCAACGAUAUCAUCGAGAAAUGGCUGGAUAUGUUGAAGAAACGUUUUAGCGAGACGCCAGGUAGCUGCGUGGCCGUCCACUGCGUGGCGGGAUUAGGGCGUGCCCCCUUGCUGGUUGCCGUGGCGCUGAUGGAGGCAGGCAUGGGAUAUGAGGAUGCCGUCACCUUGAUAAGAGAGAAACGCCGUGGUGCCAUCAACGCUAAACAGCUAGCCUUUCUGGAGAAGUAUCGCUCCCGGAUGAGACUAAAACUCAAGAAGAACAAACAGGAGCCGUGCUGCAUCCAGUAGAGACACACCGCUCAAAAAAUGUCUCCCUAAAAAAAACAAGGUCACGUAUGACCACCUCCAACGAAAAAAAAAAAGCAUAACGUCCAGCUCCCAAAAUUAAGAAUUUUUGUUAAUGAAUUUAAGCAGGGAAUUUAUUUGUUCUUAGUGAACCACAUAUUUAAUUGAUUAUUUUUUUGUUUGUUAAGUUGUACAGGUGGGAGUACGUAUACCAUACAUGUGUGUUUAAGCAUGGAGCAUUUUAGUUCUAAGUACCCUAAUAUUGGCAAAAACCAUAACCUCAUUUUGUGGUUACCUUACACAGAUUUUAAUUUCCCAAUUUUGUUAAUGUGCGAUCUGCCAGCAGUUAUGCUGCAUACUUUUGGCCGAUUCAGGAAAACUUCCUGACAAAAAUGUCGGGGAAGUUAGGGUUAAAAUGCUUCAUUUAGAUAGGAUCAAUUCAACUAAGUUGCGGUUUUAGGAAUGUGCACAAUUUUAUCUAUCCAUACACUUGCUAAAAAAAAAUAUUACUUCCUGGUAUAAGACAAAUUCACCAGACCAUAAAAGAUGGAGAUUGGUAGUAACGGUUUAAUUGUCAGAUAGCACAGAACAUGUGUGUGGCAUCACUGAUUCCAUUAUUGCCUGGAUUGUGCAUGUGCCCAUUGCCUUACAUGAACAAGUGAAGCCAUGCGCGAGUCACUGUUUGAGCCUCCAAUGGCCGCUGCUACAUAUGUUCAAUGCAUACAGUAUCACAUGCUUUAUCAAGUCUGACACGGUUUUGUGUACGUUUUGGGCCUCCCAAGAUGGCGACCCAGUGGCUUCAGUCUGUUGUCUUGAGGUGCAGUUCAGUUAAUACAUGGUGUCUGGGUACCAGACCAAAAUCAAUAUUCUUGUGCUUUUGGGACGCGACAUCAAGAAUUAAAGGCAUGUCCUCACCUUUUAACAUAGAUCAAUAAAUAUUGGGUACACAUCACUUUAUAACUCUCAAAAUUGUAUUUUUGUGAUAUUUUGGGGAAAUUAUAUUUGAGUAGUACUUCUUCACAUAGAGCAAUAUAUUAAUCAAUAACGCACACACUAAGAAGUUGAGCCAAAAGUGUAGAACUACAGAAAGAAAACCAAAAAUCUAACCAAUAUGAUCCUUACUGAUUGUGCAGCUCCUAAAAUAUCCUUGUUUUUUUGCCUUUUUUUGAUUUUAUUCAUUUGGCAAGAAGACAUUCAGAAUUUUACCUUCAACCCCAAAAAUUGCAACGUUCCAUUCCUCAAAAACAAAGGGACACAUAGCUCCAUUUUGUUUGGAAAAUUUCUCAAGAAUUGGUUGAUUUUUUGUCCCGCAGUAAAUUUCACCUCACAAAACAAGGCUCACGUAGAUGUUCAUGAUUGGCUUUUCCCCAAACAAUUUCUCUGGUAUGUUAUAUAAGAUUUAUUUAUUGGUCAGUAUAGAACAGUACUAGUACACUCUCGGUUGUUUUUAUUGAUCAAUCUCUGAAGAAAAGAAAAGAAAAAUAACUGAGAAAAAGAAUGGCUGAUUUCUUGUCUCCCAAGUUCCAAGUUUCCAAAAUUCACUCGUCUUUUUCCAAAAAAAUUAGUUCCGUUUUGAGUGUUUAAGUUUUGCACAAAAUGUCCAGCUAUUAAAUUUCUGUUUGAUUCAUGAUUUUUUUUCUUGGUAUAAAUGUGUAAUCCUUUAUAGUUUAUUGUAUGAACAACUAGUUAAAAAAAAUACACCACUGAUAAGUUGAAUGCUUGUGGUUAACUCGCUAGUUCAAAGGGUCAAAUGCCAAAGUUCAGGUGUUGGGGGUCAUGCUGAAAUUUAUCCAGUGUAUGUGACAUGGUGAACUUGGAAUUUUUCAAACCAUGCUGCCAAAUUGAGCGAAGUAUCGGUCUUGGCACUUUCAAAUAAGGAAUCUGGGUUUUUAUUUUGUUUUUUUGUCAGUUUUUUUUUCUUCUUUUUUUUUUUUUUAAAUUUGAAUAUGGUCAUGUCAGUUGAAGUCGUUUUGACUUAAAAGUUUCCAAUGUUUUGACCCUAAAUGUAAGUUACGCAAUUUUUUUUGUGUCUUCGAAUUUGAAUGAUUUCAAUUGAAUUAUUUUGUGUACACUUUUAUUGCAUUCUUCUAUGAUUUUAAUAAUUUGCCUUCUUUCUUAGAAAGGGAUAUAACAAUGUUUUGUAGGAACCACACACCUUGUUAUAUUUCUGAGUGGGAUUUUUUUCUCUUACGGAUGUAAAACAAACAUGAAUGUCCACGUAGAGUAUUGUUCUAGCGUGCAAGCAAAACAUCUGCAAUCUCUGCCCAUUAAAUGAAUUCUCUGAAUUGUAUUUAUAAUAUUUCUUUUGCAUGAACAAAAAUGAUGUAAAAUGUUUUUAAAAACCAUAAUCAACACACAAUGAAUUUUGUUAAACAAAAAAAAAUCAAACUAUAAAACAGGCUGAAUUUGUAGUUGCGAAAAUAAUUAUCUCAUUUCUAAACAACAAAAAUCAAACGUUUGCAUUUAUACAUGUUUAAGUAGUUAAGAAAUUGUGAUAUUUAAAUAACACUUGUUCGUCCUGUAACCUGUACUAACAACUGAAAAAAAGGGAGACAAAAAAAUACUAAGAAAAUGCCUUUGAAAAUUGACACUGGACAAGCAGUAAAAUAAUGGACAAAGUCUAUUUUUCACACUGCGUUUCUACUCUGAAAGUGUGCUUUAAAAGAACUAUUUUUAGGUGCUGAAAUUUGAUAUGACCCGUACUGCAUUUUGCUCCUUUUUUUGCUCUUCUGAGAAGUCAAUUGGCAAAGUAGUAUUAUAGCCCCACUAGCCUAGGCCGUAAAAUCCAAAAAAAAAAUUAUCUUGAUUCAGACAGAAAGAAUUCAUUUGAAACUGAUGUGUAACGGACUAUUCAUUUUCUACAAUAGUGGGACUUUUUACAUAUUUUUUUUACCAACAUCGAAGAGAUUUGCUUUAAAUGAAAAACACCUUUUUGGACAUCGGAGAGUUUGCUUGUUUUGCGGUUUGCUAUGUUUUUCAAUGUCUGAUGGAAUCAAAAUGUUGAAGUGGUUUUUUUUUUUCAAACAUCGCAAGACUUUCUAAUCUCAAGCGGCCAUUUUUUCCCCUCAAAUUAAUGUCUCGGUUUAACAGCUGCUUACUUUCAAAGGGUUUGCUUUCUUGAAUUUGUUUGGGCACAAGUCUCUCUGGUAAAUUAAACUGGUGCCUUUAACUUGGCACCAAAUGACAUAAUCAUCAAUGUUAGGCCUCUGGGAACAAGACCAAUAUGGCUGCCCACAGCUGGAAAUUCUGAUUUCAUGUCUCGUUUUUUUCCCCCUUAAGUUCUUUAUAUUUCCAAAUGUAAGUGGGUUUGAAAAAACGUCGUUUCUGUUAUUUUCAAAUCUGUGUAUUACUCAUGGCAUUCGUGUCACAUGAUCUUGUUUUCUGUUGCCAUUGGUUACUUGAAGUUGUGUUUUGCAUAUUCGUGCUUGUUUACCACCCAGUAAUGAGUCUAUUUUCCACAAAGUGUGAUAGUUUUGUCUUAUUCAUUUUAUGUAGAUUGUUUAGGUUAACCUGAUGUCUGAAUCUAUUUCACUUUUUGUUUGCAAGUCAUGAAAUGUCCGUUUUAUUUGUCAAAACUCUGUGUAAUAUCACCUUUAAUAUCACUCAGAAAUUAACGCCCAUUUUUAACGAAACUGAAUAUUAAAGGGUGAAGUUGUCAUGGAUAUUCUUCUGCCUUUUCAGUAUUAAAAUGAAGUUCUUUUGCAAACUUAUAUUAUAAAAUCUCCGAGAACAGUCUUUAAUUUAACUAUAACUUUUUGUGAGUGUCAAACCACACGCACACAUCGUAGAAUAAAUUUACAAACAUCUUUUGAUUAAUUUAUGUAAUUUAAUUUUGAAAAGGUACAUGUGCAUAACGGAUGAAAUUAUUCUUUUUACUGAAAAGGAAACUUUUGAUCAAUACUUCUUGGAUGUUUUUGUCGGCAAACUCAACAGAAAUGUGUCACAGUUUGGGUUUUUUCUUAGCCAAAACAGGAUGGAUUGUAUGCCUUGAUAAUAACCUUUAUCAAUACUUUUUUGGGGGAAAAGACCUUAAGUUUUCUCCCAGAAGUUGCUGCUUGUCCCCUUUACCAGAAAUAAAAACCUGAUUUGAUUAAGUUA